AUGGAAUACGGUGAUUUUUAGAGAUUACUUUCAGAAGAGGAUGAAUUAGUUUAAAUAUCUAGAGCAUAGUUGGAAUAAUUAAUUCUGAAAAAUUAACUGCCUGAAACACUUCCUGCUCAAAAAAAAUCCUGCAAAAAAAUUGUAAUAACUUAAGCCGCCAAGAAAUAAAAACCUUAUUAAUUUGCAGAUGUUCAUUAUUGGACGAUUACUCAAUUUGAUUGGGAUACAAAAGUACUAGAAGCAUUAAAGGGAGCAUUUGGUAAGGAAUAAUUUAAGGCAAAUCAAAAGGCAAUUAUUAAUUGUGUUUUGGCAGGGAAGGACGUAUUUGUUUGUAUGCCCACAGGAUACGGAAAAAGCAUUACAUUUCAAAUUCCAGCUUUUGUAGAAAAUGGUACAAAUUGACCUGAUUAUUUAGGCGUUUCGAUUGUCGUAAUGCCGUUGAUUUCCUUGAUAUUCGAUUAGGUGCAAUAUCUCACGAGUCUUGGUAUUCCAUCCCUGAACAUGAGUGGUUAAAACAGACUGUUGACUGCAUAAUAAAUUCUGGACUAAAAAAUAAAGUUAAUUUAUACUACUCCUGGUAUUAUUUAAAUUCAAACUAGAAAAAAUUGAGAAAUCAGAAUAAUUUAAAUAAAUUUUAGGAGAUCUCUUCAAUCGAAAAUUAAUCAAAAGAUUUGUAAUCGACGAAGCACAUUGUGUGAGUAAAUGGGGAAGAGACUUCAGACCAGAUUACUUGAAAUUGAGCAAUGUUAGAAAUGAGUACCCCAACAUUCCCAUCAUUGCUUUGACUGCCACUGCCCCAGAAGAAGUUAAAGAAGACAUUAUCGACGUACUUCAAAUUAAAGGUUGUUUAUAUCUAUAAUCUUCUUUCAAUAGACCAAAUCUGGUCUAUGAGGUAAGAUGCAGAGAAGAAUUCAAGAAGGCAGUCUAAGAAAUCAAGGAAUUUAUUAAUCAGACCUAUCCAAAACAAUCUGGCAUCAUAUAUUGUUUGACCCAAUCUGAAUGCCAGACUCUAUCACAAAAUCUAAUAUAUCAUGGCAUAGGAUCAGACUUCUAUCAUGCUGGUCUUACUGAAAAGGAAAGACACAGGAUUCACAAAAAUUGGUUGAUGAAUGAAGUACAAGUAAUAGUUGCAACAGUAGCAUUUGGUAUGGGAAUCGACAAAAAGGAUUGCCGAUUUGUCAUUCACUUUUAAAUGCCCAAAUCAAUUGAAAAUUAUUAUUAAGAAAGUGGCAGAGCAGGACGAGAUGGUAAACAAGCGCAUUGUCUUCUAUUUUACAAUAAUAGUGACUAUAAAACUAAUUUGGUAAUACUUCAUUAUUUAUGUCUCUAGUAUCUAAUGGAUUAAAACACAGAGAUGACUGCUCAAAUGAAAAAAUAUAAUAUUAAAAAGUUGGAUUAGAUGCAACAAUUCUGUUAUGAUCGAGUUUCGUGUAGAAGAGUCUUGCAACUAUCUUAUUUAGGCGAGAAUUUUGACAGAACAUUAUGCAAUAAGAAAUGUGACAAUUGUCAAAGAGAUGAUGAAAAUGCAGAAAAAAUCAAUUUAACCACUGAAGCUCUUAAGAUUCUUGAUUGUUUAGAUAAAUAUCCAUUGACAGAGAAUCAACUAGUUUAAUGUUUGAAAGGAGCACAAGAUAAAAAGAAAUCGAAUAACUCAUAAAAGAAUGUUGAAUAGAUAUUUGGAUUAUUUAAACAUAAUCCUCGUAACAUAAAUCCAUUAUUGGAUCAAUUAAGAGCUCAAAAUGCUUUAAGUUAAAAAGUAUAAUGUUACAAUGUUAAAGGUAAUUUCAAAAAUAAAGUUGUUUAUUUAACUCCCAAUUCUGGAACAUCCUUAAAAAGUGUGAUUAUAUCCAUUCCAAGAGAAAAAGACAAAAGAUCAUCCGUUUUAGAUUAAAAGACUAAUGAUUUAUUUAAAAAGUACUUAUCGAAAGAAAAUAAUAAUCAAAAUAACAAUGGAAUUAAUUUAUAAAUCAACUAAAAUGCUUUACAAAAGGAUUUCAUUUGGUAAAAUGGCAAUCACAUCGAAACUGAAUAAAAGAAAUUGUAAUAUGAUAACCAAUAUGGGUAUUGCUUAGAAAAUCAAUUUAAUGAUCUGCGUGAAAGAUUGAUGUUAGUUCGUAAGAAUAUUUACAAAGAAAUGACCAAUGAUGCUUCAAAUUAAAUCAUUAAUAUCGAUUUGGUAUUAUCAACUGAUGACAUUGAAGAAUUGUGCAAAAAGCUUCCAACCACUAUGAGCGAAUUAAAUGACCCAUUCAUUUGCAUAGCCUAAGAAAUUAAAAAAUUGCAAUAUAUGAAACACUUUAUUGAAGAAGUUGCUCACUUUGUUGAUAUCGAAGAAAUCAAUAAACUAUUAUUUGAAAAACGUACACAUUUUACUUAUUCUAGCCAAACAAAUCGAAACUCAGGUUGACUAAGUUUUUGAAUUUUAGAAGCACAUCAGAUAGGAAGAGGAUGUUGUUGACAUUACUAACUAAGAGUUUAUAGGUAAAUUAUCAAUUUUUAAUUUUAGCCAAAUAAAAAGAGAUAGAAGAAUUAUUAGUAAAUGGUUAAGAGCAUGAUGAUUACUUAGAUGAAGUACUCUAUUAAUUUAAUUUAGCUCUUAAACCUAAUUGAGGAAGAUGAAAAAAAAAAAUCUCCUGAUAUUGUUAUCAUCGAUGAUGACAUAAGUUAAAAUGAUUUUGCUUUAAACAAAAAACCACAAAUGUAGCAGGUUUCCACUUUUGAACCUAUUUAAUCACAUCAACUUUCAUAGGAUUUAAAAUAAUCUGAUAAAAGUGAAAAUAAUUAACAAUCAAAAAAGCUAAAAAUAAAUCUAAAAAGAUCCUUUUUAUGA